AUGGCUCAGAAGGUCACCGAAUUUGGAUCCUUUGUGGACAGCAUCUUUUACAACAUCUUUUUCCAAUCCGACGAUGAGCUAUCGGCCAGAUAUGCAAAGGAGCAUCUUUCACCUGAUUUAAAAGUUCGCAUCAACGGCAAGGGCAUACCAGGGGAUUCUUUCAAGGACAGCAUUGUUGCCGCCCGCGCUAAAUCGUCAUUCCGGGUUGUUCAAGUCCAAGAGAUUCUUGCCAACACGGAUGCCAACAAGGCUUCUGGGGGGUCGGUAUCGCAUUUAACAGUGUUUUCCGUCAAAGAUAAGGAUACGGGCGAUGAGCGGCAUGAAUCUAGUUUAACGCUCGUUACGUGCGCACUGGAAGAUGGAGCGGUAGUCAUCACAGAAUUGACUGAAAUACAUCGUGGAUAG